UCUCUAAACCCGCUAAAACUGCAAACAGUUUAGCAGAACGCCUGAUACAGAUUGACUUUUGUUUGUAAAUUAUUUCCCGGAUAAUUUAGAUAAGGACAUGUGAGAUAUUGGAAGCAAAUCGCCACUUUGUAUAUUUUUGUGAGUUUUUGUGUAUUUGUGUGAUUUUGUUCGCUUUGGGUUUUUGUUUCAUAUUUACGUUUGUCGUGCGUUAAGUUUGCUGCUAUUUAUUUAGAAUAAUCAAACAGUCUGUGUUAACGAGUGGAAGUAUUGUCAACAAAGGAUUAAUUUGAAAUCAUUACUGUUGAUUAGUUUACCUAUCAGUAAAUAAGACAUAACAUAACGGUUUACAAACGAUGAUUUAAAAGGAGCAAAAAACAAAAAAAAAUACAACUAUGGAUGGCCCACACUUAGCUCCAGAAAUAAAGCCGCUUGACUCAUUAGAUCAUCUAGAUGACAUUGACGAAUCCUUGACAAAUAUACAUGGAGACGCAGGCGAUGAUGAUGACGAUGAUGGGUCUCAGAAUUCAACGAAUAUGUCAGAUACAUCCGAAUGCCAGAAAUCGCAGAAGAAAUCAGCCGUCGGCGUCAGACGACAAGAAAAGCCGCCAUACUCUUAUAUAGCCCUGAUAGUGAUGGCCAUUCAAGCUUCACCGAAUAAAAGAUGCACAUUGAGUGAAAUUUAUCAAUUUCUACAACAAAGAUUCCCUUUCUUUAGAGGAGCAUAUCAGGGCUGGAAAAACUCAGUACGACAUAACUUGUCUCUAAACGAAUGUUUUAUUAAACUUCCCAAAGGACUCGGGCGCCCUGGCAAAGGUCAUUAUUGGACCAUUGACCCUUCGGCUGAGUUCAUGUUUGAAGAAGGAUCUUUCCGUCGCCGACCAAGAGGUUUUCGAAGGAAGUGUCAAGGUUUGAAACCGUUUGGAAUGUUCAACAUGAAUGGAAUGGGGACGUCUUCAUCUAUGCUUUCACCACAUUACGAUCUGUUCCACCAAAACAACAUGGCGGCUAUGAACAUGACGUAUGGAAUGAACGCUACCCCUGCAUAUGACAAUACUGCAUUGAUGCCAUCUAAUAAUAGUUUUCAGCAACCAAGUUAUAAUUCUAUGCAACAACAUAGUGCAAAUUUAGCUAGCUGUAGUUUUAAUGUUAAUGUAAAUGUGAACGGGAGAUUCGGACCUAACUGUGCCAUGACAAACUCCAUGUCUAACAUGAACGCUGACUAUGCUCAUAUGUCAAAUGUUAACUCUUUACCCCCACCUGUCUCAAGUUCGAUGCCUAUGUACGACAGGGACACAAUGGUUUCGAACCCACUCGCGUCAAAUAUAGCUUCCCAAUGGCCUCCAGCAACACAGCGGUAUAUCAAGCAGCCGCCAAUGAGUCCGACCGGAAGUACAGGUUCGGUUCCAAGUAUGUCUCCAAACAGCAGUGAGCACUCGCCGUACCAACUCAGCAAUACGACGUCAACAUCGGAGCCCGUGGAUCUUGCUUUAGCAGGAAUGAGAUUACCAUCACAGCAGUACAGCCAAAGUUCAACCUGCGACCGGAAACCAUACUUUGGCUAUGGAACCAACUCCAUGAAUACGUCAUUAAAUCAUACACCAUACUAUGAAAAAUGUGUCAUGUAAAACAAAGGAUAUUUCGGUAUAAAAUAUAUAACGAAGAAUACCAGUAAAAUCAGCCCGUACGGAACACGAUGUAUUUGAUUUAAUUGAUUCAUUGACCAAUUUGAAAGAAGAUUUAGUUCCAUUGUUUUACAUCACCAAAGUGGACUUUAUCGUGAAGCAAAAUGAAGAAUAGAACGGUAACGCAAGUGUUCAAAAUAUGAAUAUUGUUUUAUAUUAUGGUACUCUUUUCUUUUCAAGUUUCCUGGGUUGUAAACGCGACUGGAACCAACAACAGACUUUAAAUUUAGUAACACUUUGGUUGUCUGUGUAAUGUUUUUGUUUUAAUUUGAUAUUUUAUAUAGAAAUCGUGAAAAUGAAAUUAUAUAUAAAAUCCAUGACAACUACGUAAAGCACCAAGGAAUGGCAAUUGUUUCAUAAUUAUACACAUCAGCAUGAACAGAACAUCUAAAACUGUACUACAUACCUUUAGCAAUGUUUUUGAGUUUUCAGGCAUUUUAUUUUUAUACAAUAGAAUAGACGAAAAUCCCGCAAAUGGAAAUAUUUGGCAUUUAGACAUUUCUACAACAAAUUGAAUCAAAAAUCCGGCAACGGACAUAGGAAAUAAGACUGUACGAACGGGAUUUGCAUUGCACAAUGUAUCUGUUUGUAUAUGAAUUAUGCUAACAGAAAACUAGGCAUAUACUCUCAUGAAGGAGAUUACUUUUCAGAACACAAAGUUCCACUGUUUCCUUAUUGUUACAUCAGUGCAAAGAGGUCGUCGUCGGAAUUUAGAAUGAUUAGAAGAAAAACAAAAACAUGUUAGACAGAAUAAAUAGGAGUUUUAAGUAUAAAUAUGCACAAAAAUGGAUUAACAUUUAUUCAACGCAUUAAUAUGCUCAAUAUUUUACAGAAACAAAAGCCAUAAAACAAAAAGUUUUUGCAAUGUAACAAUAUGUCAAACUUUUUACUACAACUUUUAUGUAUAUUAACAUGUUUUCAUAUUGUUUUCGUUUUUGACAUUUUUUUACAUGUGCUGCUGAAAUUUCGUCAUUGAUUUUGUAUUUUUGUAUAAGAACCAUAGUUCAUUAUAUUUAUUGUUUAUUGUCUUAAAAAGUCUAUGCAUACAUGUUUACAUAUUGUUGUAAAUAUUAUAUGUUAUUGUAUUGA